ACGUUACCGGUACGCCCACACAGCGCUAGGAGCUUCAGCAUGGGCGUGGUCUUGACACUUCUUUACUUAUUUACAGAAUCCUUUACCUUACCUAUUUUUUUUACUUUUUUACUGUUGUGUUUUUUCCAGGAUUGGAUCUCUGUGUUUACGUUUGUGACGUGGUUUUCAUUUAGCUUUCUUGCCCCGUGAGGCACCCUGACUUACCGCGACUUUACCUCCCGAUGCUUACGUCACCUUGCCCGAUUCUGUCCCUUCACAGACUCUUGACUAACACACACGCACACACCCGCCUAUUUCUGUACACACGCACACACCUACUCAUGUAUAUGGAUACUUACACACACAUCUCCUUCUAUUUUCUGUCUCGUUUGCCUUCUGAACACGCCCGCCGGAUGCCCAGCUCGUCAGUGAUCCCGCUGAGGCCCACCCCCUGAGAGCUGGGCAGUCGCAGGGCAAGGGCACCCUUAGAAUGCACCCUAAGGCCAACUCAUAAAAAAACCUACUUCUUCUUCUUCUUCUUCUCUUCCUCUAUUCUUCCUCUUCCCCCAUCCACUCUUCCAAAAAAAAAAGGAUGAGAAACAACCCUAAUUGUAUCAGAAGGGAGAAUAGAAAAGAAACUUGACCCUUUUUUCUCUUUGCUUCUGGUGAGAAUGAGUGUGUGUGUUACAGUGCCGCCCCGGCUGGCCCCCAUGGUUUUCCCCGCGGGUACCCGGGCAGGGAUGCGCGCGCAGGCCACGUGCUUGGUGCAGGAGGGCGACCAGCCCGUGUCGCUCUCCUGGACAAAGGAUGGCCAGCCCAUCGACCCUCAGCUUGACGUCCGCUUCUCGCAACUGGAUGUCUUCACCUCCAUCAUAGUGAUCGAGCGGGCCACGGCGGCCCACUCCGGCAACUACACCUGUGCGGCCACGAACCCCGCCCGCACCGCCACGACGACCGGCCCCCUGACCGUCAGCGGUAGGGCGCGCAAGUCUCACACGAUUUCAUUAGGGGACCAUUUGUCAAAGAGAAAUUAACAGGGAAGGGAGUACGGUUAAGUGGAGGA